GGUACCAGUCGAUUUGAAACGUACACAGUGCGUUUUUCUUUCUCAUUCUAGAAACAAAAGCAUUGAAAUAACUUUUCUGCGAAAAAAGUAGUCAUUUAUCGAAUAAAGUGGCGUUCUUCUCCAAAUAAAUAAAUUAUGGCCGGCCAUAAUAUGAACGACGAACAACCUCGUUCGGUAGACGUUGAAUUCGACCGCAGUCUGCAGUUUACUUCAAUGUUCCUCUCGGAUCAUGUUGUCCAUGGCUUAACCCGGAACAACUUUAUCCAUCCAUCGCCAAUCCAAGCACGUGCGAUCCCGCUUGGAAAACUUGGAAUAGAUUUACUGGUGCAAGCUAAAUCGGGAACCGGUAAAACACUUGUGUUCGCCGUGUUGAUAGUAGAAUCUCACAACCCGGACAUCACAUUCCCACAAUCGUUGACGAUUGUACCUACGCGGGAAAUUGCCGUACAAAUUGAAAAAGUUUUGAACCGAAUCUCAUAUUCAGCCCCGAAUUUCCGCGCACAAAGCUUAAUCGGUGGCUUGGAUGUCAGCCAAGAUCGUAAAAAUUUGCAAAACUGUUCGGCUAUCAUUGGAACUCCCGGAAGGAUUCAUCAUCUGAUCAAAAGCAAUGUUCUGAACACCAGACAGAUUCGGAUGCUGGUGCUGGAUGAAGCUGAUUCGCUCAUCACGGGAACAUUGCAAUCGGAUGUGGACAAUAUUAUCAAAUCACUUCCGCAGAAACGACAGACCAUAGUUUGUAGUGCCACGUUCUACAACGAUCGGGAUCGAAAACUAUUGAAGUAUCUAAAUGAGAAGUUUAUUGGGGUCACACCGAAGAAAGAAAUUCCGGUUUUGCAUGGCAUUCGCCAGUUCGUGCGAGAGAUGCCGGAAACCAAGGAUAAUAUCAAGGAAGUGAUGGCCAAGAUAGCGGAGUUGAAUCAGAUUUUGAAGAAAGUUCCUUAUAAUCAGUGCUUGGUAUUUACAAACACACAAACCAAAGCAGACACUUACCGUAGCUAUUUGAGCCGAGCGGGUUGGGUCGCUGAGGUAAUUCGGGGCGGUCAGGAUCAACGAGUUCGACUGAAGACGGUGGAGAAUCUGAAAGACUUUCGCUGUCGCAUCUUGACUGCCACUGAUGUUCUGGCUCGUGGCAUCGACGCAGAAAACGUCAAUCUCGUGAUCAACGUUGAUGUACCGAAAGAUAACUCGAUCUACCUGCAUCGUAUCGGGCGAGCCGGAAGAUUUGGUACCCAAGCGAUCUCUAUCACAUUGCUCUCGUCGAAGAAGGACACCGAGCGAUUUCGGAAGAUUCUAUACGAUAUUGGAGGACCGGAGAUGUUUGUUUAUCAGCUUCCGACUAUGGCCGUAGAGGAAAUCUGGAACUUCGAUCAGUACGAUGAGAAGUACGGUAAAUUUUGUGCAUCCAAACUAGAGCAAGAAAUUUGUGAACUGGGUGCCGAUAAAUCAUUCCUGGAAACGAUACAGGAAGUAGAUUCCAAAACAGAAUUGGAACGUAAAUCGGCAGAAAAUCUUGAGGAUAGUUUGGAAGAGCCAAACAAAUCGACUGCGGAAAACGCUUUAGAAGUGGAUUCGAUUGAGCAAUUAUCCGAGAAGCCGACGCUUUUCAAUGGAUUGCUCGAAGAUGAUCAAGAAGAGCGAGUGGAACGCAUAAUUUCACUUGAUAAUUGUGUUACGAAUGAUGAAGCUCCCGAUGAGGAGGCCGAAUGUACGCAACUUGAAGCUGAGAAGGUGGUUACUGAAAACAUGACGGAAAGGGAAAGGGAAAUUACAUGCGGAAUUACUGAUGAACUAGAUGAAGAUAGUCCAACAGAAAAUGUCGAUGGAAACAAGACUGAAAAUACUGACAUCGAUACAAAUGCUCAGUGUACAUUUAUGCUAGAAGGUACGUCGGGUGCCUCUGUCGUAGCAUCGAUUGAAUCUUAUUGGAAAAAUCCUGAACCUGCUGAACAAGUUCUACGCGGAUUUGUUGAAGAUUUUUCCGAUGACGAAAUAACAGAAAAAGUUGAACUUGCCACCAAUCAUGAAGAAUUUUUGCAAUUUGUAGACGAUGAAUUGGAAAAGUUUAUGCCGGUUCCGAAGAGUAAGCAAACGUCGGCAAAUGUCGAUCAACUGUUCUUGGCAGCAAUGGAAAAACUCCAGCUGGACGUUGAUCCUCCCUGCACAAAGUUACCUGUUCUCAUUGAGCAAACUAGUCUUGACCUAACCCAAUCGAAGGUCGAUCAAAUAUUCCUGAGCGCAAUGAACAAGCUAGAACAUGAUGAUUUGCCUAGCACUGACCGUAUGUCGUCGGAAAUGAAUGGCGAAAGUUCACGACAGGUACGUUUGGAGGAAGAAACCAAUGCCGACACGGUUGACCAAAUGUUCUUAUCAGCUUUGGACAAAGUUGACUCGGAAAAAUCCGAGGAAAACGAAACUGCGCCAAGCAGUUCCGAUGGUUUGUUUUUGACAGCGAUGAACAAAACAGACCUGGAGGAGGAAAACAUUCCAAACGAACCAUCGCAACAACAGGAACAGCCACCGGUUUCGCCUUCGUCGGAUAUGAGCUGUUCCACACCAGAAUCGUGUUUCACCGAUAGUUCUUUCAGUUCGAACACAACCAAACAAGUAGAAGUGGGCUCAAACUUCACUACUCCGAACUCCCGGGUACAAGAAAUCCGUAGUGCUGUUCCAACUCACCAAGUGAGUUCAUCCACAUCAGAUAACUCUUCUGAGUUAAGUCAUGCCUCGGAUCCGGUCGUUCCUGUUCGUGAUCAGAACUGUCUGCCGUUGGAAGUUAACAACGAUGCCCUAUUCGCCAAAAUUAUGGAACAGAAAGAGAUGGAUGCCGAUCAGCAGCAGCGUCCAUUCCAAUUUUCGAUUGACGGUUGUAGCUUGGAAGUGCAUGAUGAUCCCGUAAGUGACCGGGACAUCAAUUCACGCAAGGGUUCCGUUCCGGAUGUGGUUCCAUGUGGAAUCACAUUGGAUCCAUCACGUCUGCAGAAUCGGCCACCGUCAUCGAUCGAUGAACGUGUUACCGUUGGAUUCGAUCUUAAUUCAAACACAUGUGGUUCCAAUGACGGUUCCGUAUUUGAACACGAGGAAGAAGCUCUGGUUCCUCAGGAUCAACCGCCCAAGCGAAUUCGUUUCCAGCAGGAUGACCUUUCACUAGAUCUUCCAGCAAACGGAGUCGUUCAGCAAGUUGAUCCAAUCGAGCAGGAUCCACUCAGCGCCCCUCCGAGAACGGAUGCAACCGCUGCAACCGAAGAUGUCGAAGACGCGAGUUCCUACUCAUCGGAGUACAACAGUGAAUCGUCUAAUUCAUCCUUCUUUGAUCAGCACGAGUGGAAUCCGGAGAAACUGACUGAAACAAAUCCGUCAGUUGACGAAGAGCGCUGUCAAGCAAAUCGCAAACGCAAAUCCAGCAAACGGUCGCAACAUCGCACGAACGUGUACCAUCGUACUUAUGCCAACUGGUCAACUCAGUACUGGAACCAAAUGACGAUGAUCCGUGACUACGCACGGUACUCGAUUCACACCCGGCGCAAUCUGUGCCACAAUUGCCAAGCACAGCAUUCAUCCUAGAGCUUCAUGCACCAGCGGUAUCGAAUUUGAAAUUAAUUUGUGAUGUUACUGACUAGUUUUAGUUUUCUUUUUCGCCACGAAGGCUACUGUUUGAUUACUUGAACUAUUUAAAAUGAACUGGCAUAUUUAUUAGAGGAAAUAAACGUUUCAAACGACUA